CCGCGUAUAAAUAUUUGCCGAGCACGCGCCAUCGUUUUUCAUGAGCUCAGCUCACCUCCUCUUGCUUGUUUUUCUAUUGCUCCCUGCCUCCCUCCCUCCUUCGCUCACCACCAAACAGCACCUGCAGCCAGCGUCCGUAACUAAAAAUUAUUCGCCCGGUUAGGCAACCCCAACUACCGAGAGCUCAAGCCCGGGGACGCGGGAGGCGUCGUACGCACCAAGCCAGCCACGGGAUUUGGAUUCGGAGGAGCAGUUGAGCUUCAGCCUUCAGCGGUCGCGGGCCGCCGCCAACCAGGAGAGACGACGGCAAGGGGAAUUGGGGAAAGGCCAAGGCCAAACUAGAGGCAGCGUUCUCCGAUCAUCGGCAGCUCCUAAUGUCCUGGGCCCUGGGGCCUGUCGGCUCAUGGAAAAUUCAGACGCCAGGCCGGUUCGCCGCGUGAGAUGUCCGAGGUGCCACUGCGUUCUUGAGGAGCCCGGCGCACCCGUCUACCAAUGCGGUGGAUGCGGCACUAGUCUUCGAGCCAAAAACCGCACCGGCAGCACAGGAGACGCGGCCAGGGCUUCGCCUUCAAGGAGUGGGCUGCCUCCUCAGAGCAGACACUUGGACUCCACUGACGUCGCGAGCACCAGCAGGUCCAGCACCCCCACUUCCCUUGAUGCCACCAGCACCAGGCACCGAGCCACCGACACGACAAGCCGGCAUGAGCUCGUGUCGGCGAGGGGGCAUGCUUCCGGUGAUGUUGCCAGCACCAGCAGCACUCCCACUGUUACAAGCACCAGGCGCCAAGGCACUCGCACGAGGAGCCAAGGCGAGUCCGGCGAUCUUGUUGUGUCGGCGAGGAAGCACGAUUCCGGUGAUGUUGCAAGCAGCAGCAGCACUCCAGGUGCCACAAGCAGCAGGCGCCAAGGCGCUGACUCGACGAGCCGCCGCGAGUCCGGUGAUCUCGUGAAUCGUGUCUCUGAGCAAGUGGCGCUGAUGGAGAAGAGGGGAUAUGAUCAGAGUGCUGCCAAUCAGGUGCUCUCUUACAAUUCUGAAGGUCGCAGACAAGGAGAUGCAGAUGCUACUCCUCCCAAGGAGAACAAAAAGGCUACUACUUCCGAACUGAAUGAUGAUACAGAGAAGAGGAUGAAACGCCAGGCUGAAUCACCCGAUGCUGCGAGAAAGAAACAUUCAGGCGAAGCCACAGUGCAGCCGCAGUACAACCAUCGCGAAGAACUUGCACCGGAAUCAACUCGAGCCCCAGCUGCGCAUUCUGCACGACAUGUGUUGGGACACGAAGAUGCUGCUGCCGGCGAAAAGGCGAUCAGCCCAUCUCGCCAGGAGGUUCAAGCAGAAAACUUGGGGCCCUUGCGGAAGAGGAUUCUGAAGACGGUGGAUGAACUGAAAGGCGACCUCUCUGAACUUUUCAGUAAGUCCCCAGAGCUCAAUCCAACGCCACGCGCGCGUCCUCCUCGUCUUCCCAAGCAAGAAGGAUACGUGUCUCGCGCGGCCGUGGCCCCAACCCUCCAUGCCAGGGCUCGCCAUCAGGCAGCAGCUGCCGCCGACGGCCACCGUGGCAGCCCGGCUCGUGUGGUCAAGCCCCGCCAAGCUGCUGCUCCUCCGCGUGGCUUGCCGUCACGGCGCUACCGCCAGUGCAGAGCCGACCAGUGCUGCCACAACGUGCAGCCAAGGUCGUGCCAUCACGGUUGCUGCCGCCACCACGGCAAGCCGGAGUGCAGCAGCUGCCGUGGACACUGCUCCAGGCCCAGAACACAGGAGCCAUCAUCAGCGCCGUCGCGGAAGCCACCGGCAGCCAAGCGGCGCCUGCCGCCCCGCAACCACUGCCGGCCGGUCCUCAAGGGCGCGCCGUUCAUCAUCUGCUCCAGCUGCUUCAAGCUUGUCCAGGUGCCCGCCGACUUUGCCGUAUCGACCAAGACGGUGCGCAAGCUGCGGUGCGGCUCCUGCUCGACGGUCCUCUCCUACUCCUACAGGGACCCUGCCAGGAAGAAAGCGUUCAGCGCAGACGGUUCCGAGCUGCAGGGCGGCGAAGAAGGCUGCGCGGCGCAGCCGGAGCUGUCGGACCCGUUCGCGCCGUUCGUCGACGGCUUCGGGCUGAGCAGCUACUCGACGGAGGACGAGCAGGCGCUGCACGUCUCGAGGAACACGUCGUUCGACACCAUGGACGGGACGAAAGGCGUGGGCAGGCUGCACCGGCUGAUGGGGUACGGGUCGGCGAGCGAGCUGCUGCGGCACUCCCCUGACCUGUACGAGAGCUUCAGCGAGCGGACGACGGCUGACGUGGGGCACUACCACAGGAAAGGGAAGGGUGUUUGUGUUUGGGUCGACGACAACGACUACGACGUCGACGACUCGGAUGAGGAACUAGACGGUGGCGCGCUCAAGAGAUCAGCGGCGAGAGGAUUUGGUUGGCCGCUCCCAGCCACGGGGAUGCCAGGCAAGAGGAUCCCUUCACCGGGCGCCAUCCGGAUCAAGUGAUAGCAGGGUAGCUAAUAGAGGCUUGUGGAAUUGGAUUGCUCCGCUUUUUUGUUGUUGUUAGAAUUCUUAUAGGUAUAGCUUUACCAUUCAUUAGGUGCAGUAUUGGAUUAUUUAUAGGCAGUUUCCUUGUCCAUUUUUUUUUCGAGCUUGAAAAUGCUGUGCUGACGAAAUGUAAAUAUCCAGCAUUACAAAUCUCACAAACAAUGAGCAUUAAGACAUUACUCCUAUUUGGGUACAA